UGAUCUGGUUCAGAAGAAGCAGCGGCUGCAGAAAUCUGUAAUAUUUUCAUUGCCAGCGUGAGUCCUAGCGAAAUAGAAGUGCCAAUCUUAUCCCGAUUUUAGCCUCCAUAGACUGUUGCACUGAAAUGACUGGAUUAAGGACAAUAUUUCAAGAAAUGCCAGAAAGGGCGUGAGAGGGAGACGUCUGCAGUAACAUCACAUAUGAGCUUCAAAUAGCAAAUGUCUUCAUUCAGUAUCUAGUCCAUUAUUAAUUUGUAAGAGUGAUUAUUGCAUGCCUAUAACAGACAUUCGCUGUCCCUGUUGCUGCUGCAUGAUUUUGCUUUUUUUUGUACAUUCCAAGGCACUAGUUUGGACUGCAAAUCUUUCGGAAAUCACUGCAUUUGGAUACCACGAAGCGCAUGGAAGGAUUGUAUUGUCUUGUCGUGUAAACUUCAGUCAAUUUUAUGGAUUAUCAGGAAUGAUCGGGAGAAAUGUUGAGCAUUUAUUUUGGCCGAAGAAUUCCGAAAGGAACCUUGGGGAAGGUUUCAUUGUUGUAAUAUACAAUUAUUGAACAGCACCCUGUUGGAUAUUUGAUACGGAUGAAAACUCGUAGCUGGGACAACACAGUGCGUUGUGAUGCUUCUUAUCUAUGCUCUCUCUGAUGUCAAUUUUGAUUUCUACAGUGAGAUCUGCGCGUUUUUAGAAUGGCUCGCUUCGAAGAAGAUCUACGAUAUGGAGGUGGCAGUCCAGCGAGUAGUGGAAGGGGGGCAAGCCGGCAGGGAGGCCCCCCAGCCGGCCCGAGGGUGUACAAGCAGUCAAUCGCCCAAAGAGCCAGGACAAUGGCCAUAUAUAACCCAAUCCCUGUCAAACAAAACUGUCUCACUGUCAACCGGUCCCUUUUCAUCUUCAGCGAAGAUAACAUCAUACGGAAAUAUGCAAAGAAAAUAACCGAAUGGCCUCCAUUUGAGUACAUGAUUCUAGCCACCAUCAUCGCCAACUGCAUUGUCCUGGCCUUAGAGCAGCAUUUACCAGCGAGUGACAAGACCCCUAUGUCAGAACGUCUGGAUGACACAGAACCAUACUUUAUUGGAAUAUUUUGUUUUGAGGCUGGCAUUAAGAUCAUCGCUCUCGGGUUUGCAUUUCACAAAGGCUCCUACCUCCGAAACGGAUGGAAUGUAAUGGAUUUUGUUGUCGUGCUAACAGGGAUUCUUGCCACUGUGGGUGCAGACUUUGAUUUGCGGACACUCAGAGCAGUACGUGUGCUUCGACCGCUCAAGCUUGUGUCUGGAAUUCCAAGUCUUCAGGUGGUUCUGAAAUCUAUCAUGAAAGCCAUGGUGCCUCUUCUACAGAUCGGGCUUCUUCUGUUUUUCGCCAUCCUCAUGUUCGCCAUCAUCGGUCUGGACUUCUACAUGGGGAAGUUCCACCGCACAUGCUUCAGGAUCGAUACAGGAGAGCAAGCAGCAGAUUUCCCCUGUGGAACCGAACUUCCUGCUCGGACCUGUGGAAAUGGCACCGUGUGUCAGGAAUACUGGCUCGGUCCGAACUUUGGCAUCACCAACUUUGACAACAUCCUGUUCGCUAUUCUCACUGUCUUCCAGUGCAUCACCAUGGAGGGUUGGGUGGAUAUCUUAUAUAAUGCCAAUGAUGCCUCAGGGAACACCUGGAACUGGCUCUACUUCAUCCCCCUCAUCAUCAUCGGCUCCUUCUUCAUGCUCAACCUGGUUCUGGGCGUACUGUCGGGGGAGUUUGCCAAGGAGCGUGAGCGGGUGGAGAAGCGUCAGGAGUUCCUAAAGCUGCGCCGGCAGCAGCAGAUUGAGCGCGAGCUCACCGGCUACCUGGAGUGGAUUUGCAAGGCAGAGGAAGUCAUGUUGGCCGAAGAGGACAAACAUGCAGAGGAGAAAUCUCUAGAUGGGGCCUGGUACAAGAGAAAGCACCCAAGCAACUCAGUCCUAAAAAGAGUCAAAAAGAGCAAGAAUGACCUGAUUAAUGCUGAGGAAGGGGAGGACCACUUCACGGACAUCUCCUCAGUUGCACCCCAAGGAUCCCCGUUCGCCCGGGCCAGUGUGAAGAGCAGCAAGAAUGAGAGCUCGUCUUAUUUCCGUCGGAAAGAGAAGAGGGUCCGCUUCUUCAUCCGACGCAUGGUCAAGUCCCAAGGCUUCUACUGGACAGUCCUGUGUCUGGUCGGGCUCAACACACUGUGUGUGGCCAUAGUGCACUACGACCAGCCUGACUGGCUCACCUAUGCUUUAUAUUUGGCAGAGUUUGUGUUCCUGGGCCUGUUUCUGACAGAGAUGAGCCUGAAGAUGUAUGGACUGGGGCCCAGAACCUAUUUCCAUUCCUCAUUUAACUGCUUUGAUUUUGCUGUUAUUAUCGGUAGCAUUUUUGAGGUGGUCUGGGCCGCUGUGAAACCCGGAGCCUCGUCGUUUGGCAUCAGCGUUCUUCGAGCUCUCCGCCUGCUCAGGAUAUUCAAGGUUACCAAGUACUGGAAUUCUUUGCGGAAUCUAGUGGUGUCUCUGCUGAACUCCAUGAAGUCCAUCAUCAGUCUGCUCUUCCUGCUCUUCCUCUUCAUUGUUGUGUUCGCUCUCCUGGGCAUGCAGCUCUUCGGUGGACAGUUUAAUUUCGAAGAAGAGACUCCCACAACCAAUUUUGAUACAUUUCCAGCUGCCAUUCUUACUGUGUUCCAGAUUUUGACAGGAGAGGACUGGAAUGCAGUGAUGUAUCAUGGGAUAGAGUCCCAGGGCGGGGUCCGCCGGGGGAUGUUUUCCUCCGUGUAUUUCAUCAUUCUGACUCUCUUUGGGAACUAUACCCUCCUCAAUGUCUUCUUGGCUAUUGCAGUUGACAACCUUGCAAAUGCACAAGAACUCACAAAGGAUGAGGAGGAGCAGGAGGAGGCCAUCACUAAGAAGCUGGCCCUUCAGAAAGCCAAAGAGGUCAAAGAGGUCAGCCCCAUGUCAGCGGCCAAUAUCUCCAUCACAGCUAUUGUAAAGCAAUAUCGAAGUACACUUUCUCGCAGCCCGUCUGUCUCCAGCAUUCAUUCACCGAGUUAUGUCAGCUCUCCCGCCCAUCACUACUUGAGCAGGGAGCAGCAGAGGUCCCAGAAGUUGAUGUCUGUGUGGGAGCAGCGCACCACGCAGAUGCGGCGCAACAACCUGCGCCCCAGCAGCGAGGCGCUCUACAGCGAGCUGGACCCCGAGGAGCGCCAGCGUAUGUCUUCCGCCCUGCACAUACGGCCCGAUAUGAAGACCCACCUGGACCGUCCGUUGGUGGUAGAGCACGGUGAUGGCCCCGUGGGGGGGCCACACAACCACCACCACCACCACCACCACCACAACCACCACUGGGACAAGGGUCAGGGCGAGGGGGAUGCCGCAGGAGGGACGGAGUCCGGGCAGCCGUCGCGGAAACAUCACCGGCGAAAGGAUGCCAACGAGAACGGGGAGACGGGCGGCGGCAGCACCAGGGAGGGAGGGCGGCAUCACGUCCACCACAGCCGCAGCAAGGACCACGAGGGCUCGCGCUGCCGGGAGGGGAAAGGCGACCGCAGCCGGAGCCGCGAGGGGGGGCGCCGCCACCACCACCCGAGGUCUGUGGACGAGGGCGGAGAAGGAGGUGGGGAGAGGGAGCGCCACCACCACCACCACCAUCGACAGCAGUCCACUGAGGGCAACGGGGUGGUCAGCAGCGGGGGCAAGAGCUUACCGCGCUCGCGGCACAUGGACGGCUCGCGCUCGGGGAACCACGACGGCGACCGGUGCUCGCGGGGAGAGAACGGAGCCAAUGGGGAGAGGAGCAGGCGCAGGCCCCGCAGCGGCAAAUCACAGGCCACCGCUGACGGAGAGGAGGGCAGAGAGAGAGGCGAGAAGGAGGGCGGCAGGACCCACAGGCACAGGGACAGGCACACAGAUGUGGAGGCGAGCCAGCCGAGCGGCCACAUCCCCGUCACCAUCACCUCACCACCAGGGGAGACCACCCUCAUACCAAUGAACAGUAUAGACAGUGAGACCAUGCCAAUGACAGAGGAGAAGAGGAACCUGGACGACCUGAUCAACACCCGACCCAUCCUGCCCUACAGCUCCAUGUUUGUGUUCGGCCAGACCAACCCAGUAAGGCGACUGUGCCAUUACAUGGUGAGUCUACGCUACUUUGAGAUGUGCAUCCUGGUUGUAAUCGCCAUGAGUAGCAUAGCCCUCGCUGCUGAAGACCCUGUCCAGGUCAAUGCCAGCCGCAACAAUGUGCUAAAGUAUUUGGAUUAUGUCUUUACGGGAGUUUUCACUUUUGAGAUGGUGAUUAAGAUGGUCGAUCUUGGAUUGAUACUUCACCCCGGCUCUUACUUCCGGGAUCUAUGGAACAUUCUGGACUUCAUUGUGGUCAGUGGAGCACUGGUUGCAUUUGCCUUCACGAGCAUCAUGGGACCGCACCAAAGCGUGACCAGAGGCACCAAAGGAAAGGAUAUCAGCACCAUUAAAUCACUGAGGGUGUUGCGAGUGUUACGGCCCCUCAAGACCAUCAAGCGCCUGCCGAAGCUCAAGGCCGUGUUCGACUGUGUGGUGAACUCCCUCAAGAACGUGCUCAACAUUCUCAUAGUCUACAUUCUCUUCAUGUUCAUCUUCGCCGUCAUCGCCGUGCAACUCUUCAAGGGAAAGUUCUUCUUCUGCACGGACGAGUCUAAAGGCCUGGAGAAGGACUGCAGGGGCCAGUUUUUGGACUAUGAUAAGGACGAGGUGUCUGCCCAGCCUAGGGAGUGGAGGAAGUACGAGUUUCACUAUGACAACGUCCUCUGGGCUUUCCUCACACUCUUCACAGUCUCCACUGGAGAGGGCUGGCCCACGGUCUUGAAGCACUCGGUGGACGCCACAUUUGAGGACCAGGGCCCUAGUCCAGGCUACCGGAUUGAGAUGUCCAUCUUUUACGUGGUCUAUUUUGUUGUCUUCCCCUUUUUCUUCGUCAACAUCUUUGUGGCCUUGAUCAUCAUCACCUUCCAGGAACAGGGUGACAAAGCUAUGUCAGAGUGCAGUUUGGAGAAAAAUGAGAGGGCUUGUAUUGACUUUGCCAUCAACGCAAAACCGCUGACACGCUACAUGCCCCAGAACCAGCAUUCCUUUCAGUAUAACAUGUGGAAGUUUGUGGUUUCUCCGCCCUUCGAGUACUCAAUCAUGAUCAUGAUCGCUCUCAACACUGUGGUUCUCAUGAUGAAGUUUCAUGGAGCGCCAGACUUUUACGAGGCCAUGCUCAAGUACUUGAACAUCGUCUUUACUGCCCUCUUCUCACUGGAAUGUGUCCUCAAGAUCAUUGCCUUUGGUCCUUUGAAUUACCUGAAGGAUCCCUGGAAUGUCUUUGACUUUGUGACCGUACUGGGGAGCAUCACGGACAUCCUGGUCACCGAGAUCAAUACCACGGACCGUCUGUUGAACCUGAGCUUCCUGAGGCUCUUCCGGGCGGCGCGUCUCAUUAAGUUACUCCGGCAGGGUUACACCAUCCGCAUCCUCCUCUGGACCUUUGUGCAGUCCUUUAAGGCGCUGCCUUAUGUUUGCCUUCUGAUCGCCAUGCUGUUCUUCAUCUAUGCCAUCAUUGGAAUGCAGGUUUUUGGGAACAUUGAGCUCAAUGAGGACACUGCUAUCAAUCACCAUAACAACUUUCGUACCUUCCUGCAGGCUCUGAUGCUCCUCUUCAGGAGUGCCACAGGAGAAGCCUGGCAUGAAAUCAUGCUGUCCUGUUUGAGUCACCGCACCUGUGAUGUGAGGUCAGGUGUGUCCGGCAAGGAGUGCGGCAGCGACUUCGCCUACUUCUACUUCGUGUCCUUCAUCUUCCUCUGUUCUUUCUUGAUGCUGAAUUUAUUUGUAGCAGUUAUCAUGGAUAACUUUGAGUACCUCACCAGAGACUCCUCCAUCCUGGGGCCCCAUCACCUUGAUGAGUUCAUUCGGGUUUGGGCUGAGUACGACCCGGCUGCCUGCGGCCGUAUCAAGUACCGCGAUAUGUAUGAGAUGCUGCUCCACAUGUCCCCACCCCUAGGUUUGGGGAAGAAAUGCCCACCGAGAAUCGCCUACAAGCGUCUGGUGAAGAUGAACAUGCCCAUAGCGGACGACAACACCGUCCACUUCACCUCCACCCUCAUGGCUCUCAUACGCACCGCCCUGGAGAUUAAACUGGCGUCAGGGAUGGUCGCCCAGCGGUUAAGUGACGCUGAGCUGAAGAAGGAGCUGGCAACAGUAUGGCCUAACCUGUCACAGAAAACCAUGGACCUUCUGGUGACGCCACACAAACCCAAUGAACUGACGGUGGGGAAGGUGUACGCCGCAUUAAUGAUCUUUGACUACUACAAGCAGAACCGGGCUCAGCGGCUUCAGAAGCAGAAGGAACAGGCUGCCGCUACCACCUCUGGUGGCAGCACCGCCAAUCAGGGCAAUAUGGGCGCACUCCUCAAACCAACACUGCCCCUCACUUACAUGCAGGACGUGGAUGUGAACAGCGUUGACUGUCCCUCCGACGCCCAAGCACACACCAGGCCCAGCUCCACGGCACUCAACAACGGCCGAACGCAGCAAAGCCAUGAUGGCAACAUUCGAGGGUCCUCUUCAUGGGCCUCGGAGAAGCCACGAGAGGUCCAGAGGCCCAGUAAACGGAUCAUCCGGGGACCAUCGGAUGAUACGGCAGAUCCAACCACUGCCAAGGAGUCAGUAGAGUUGAGAAAGAUGGAACACAGUGCCAACAGCGGAGCCUCGUCUUGUCUGGAGAGCCAGGGGAGGGCUGUGUCCAUGCCAAAACUCAGCGCUGAGAUGCAGAGGAGCCACUCCAGACACUCCCCAGGGACGAUGCUUGCUCCAAUUCCUGACUCCAGUCCCAUGAAGCGCUCGGCGUCCACCGUUGCACCACAGCGCCCCCAGGAGGUCAACCUGCGAGACUACACCUUGGAGAGGCCCGCUCAGGAGCGGCCUCAUCACCAUCAUCACCACCACCGCUGCCACCACCGCAGGGACCGUGAGAAGAAGCAGAGGUCACUGGACAGGUCCCCCAAUGGACAGCCUCCCAGUAAUCUGGGCACCACAGGCGAGCCUCCAGGGGACCCCUCGACCCGCGAGCGGGCGCACGACCGGGGCCGCUCGCACGAGAGGAAGCACCACUCGUCCUCCGGCGACAAGCAGCGCUACUACUCCUGCGACCGCUACAACAGCAGGGAGCACUGCGCCGGCGCCGGCGCCACCGCCACCAAGUCCACCACUGCCAGCUGUGCCACCUCCCCCAGCGAGGCCCAUGAGCCCGGCCUCAACAAGCAGGGCAGUGGUUGGGUUAAGGGGAGCCCGGUGAUGUCCACCUCGGGGGCUAGCACCCCCAGUCGCGGCCGCAGGCAGCUGCCCCAGACUCCCCUGACCCCUCGUCCCGGAGUGGCCUACAGGACUGCCAACUCCUCCCCCGUGUUCUUUGUGGUGGGCGCUCAGGCCGGGGCGCCCGCCAGCCCCUGCCGGCUGAGCCGCGGGCAGUCCGAGCACAACGCCCUCCUGCACAGCGGCCGCGAAUCGCCGUCGUCCACCCCCUUUGUGCGCAUCAGCUCGGAGCCGUUCCUGUGCCCGGCCGAGUUGUACGGUUCGGCAGCAGCAGCAGCACUUCCUCCUCCUCCUCCUCCUCCUCCUCAGCAGCAGCAGCUGCAGCCGCAGCCCUGCAACUUCCGGGACGAGGUGGCCGCUUUCCAGGAGUUGGUGUUAGGCACGCGCGCCAUCGCCGUGGUGGGACACCCCCCUCCCCACCACACAGGGCCCCUCCCUCCCCCACUGCCGCCCCAGCUGUUCCGCGGGGUGCCCAAUGGGUACCACUUGAACAUGGGUGUCCCUGGCGGCGGCCAGAUCCCCGAGGGCAGGGUGCCCCGGUACUACCUGGAGGCAGGGGAGGACGAAUGGUGCUAGCAUGGCUUUACCACAUAACGGAGUGUUGCAGAGGUAUUUGUUGAGGAAAUUCGAUGAGUUUUAUCAUCUUGCUCAAAGGGGUAGUAGUUUACACUGUUGUUACUUGUUGUUGUUGUUGUUGUGUGUGUGUGUGUGUGUGUGUGUGUGUAUGCAUCUGCUUUCAACUGAGUUUGCUGAGGGGAUUCAGACAAAGGCCACCAAAGCAGAAUAUUUAAAGAUGACCUGAAAAAAGUCAGUUAUUUGUGACGACUUGAGUUGACCUGAAAAUGUUUUUUAAUAUUUUGUUUGAAACAAGCAUACAGUCUAGCACAUGAACAAUUUGCCUGGAAAGGUUUAUGUCACAAAACGGUGGAAUCUCUAGGUUGUGUUGUAACACAAUGGUCUCUCCUCCUCGUUCUUGACUUUGUGUGAGAGCUGGCACUGUGGAGGCUUCUCUCCUGAAGAGUGGGUAGAUAAGCAGUAGCCCAUGGCACUGCAUGGAGCAGGGUAGAACAGUACAAGCACUUCAGCACACAGUUCUGCCAUUUCAAGAAGUGUUACGUCCACUGACCUGAGAACGGUAGUGUUUUCAGGGUGGACCAUUAGACAGGGUGACAAAAAAAACCACUGCUACGAGUUGCGAGGAGAUGAACGUUAGAGAAAAUGCACAACAGGUGUGUUCUGUACUCAACUCUUUUCUGAGAUUUUACCAUGCCUGUGUGGAAGUUAUAUUCUCUAUGGCAGAUACACAUAUGUUACAACACAACCAGGUUUAUUUUUUAAUGGAAAGGGACGAUGGUUGUUUUUGUUUGUUUUUGCUUGUUUGUUUUUGCUGCUGUUGACCAUUCCUUGCACAAAUGUGUGAAAAUGGAGAGAGAAAUGGAUUAUACAUUUUGUUUCCUUUUUUGUAUCAUACUGUUGUGCAUAUUUUACCUAGUCAUUGUGCUUUUUGUAUAUUGUAAAAACAAAUGUGUUUUAUGUAAAUUGCUUACAGUUCACCAUUUGUCAGGUCAAAUUUUUCUUAAAGACUGCUUCAGAUAUUAUUACGAAGUGCCUAACCUUUUAAAUAUAUUGUAGUAACGAUGCAAAUUUGUUUUAUAGUGCAUCAACACUUGAUUGAGGGAGCUGGACAAGGCAAAAAUAGAAGUACAAGUUGAUGUAGCAGAAGGCCUUAUUUGGCAGCAUAAAUGGCACUGUAUGUUUGGGAAUGGGGAAUGUUUUCGAAUGGAAAUGACCGUAUGAUUGCUUUUUUGGGGCUGAGUUUUUUUUUCCUAACCUUUAGUACAGCUGAAUCGGUGGGGAAAUGUGUAGCUCAGAAACAUCUGAUAAUACUGCAGUAGUUCUAUAUUAGUCCACAUGGGACUACAUAGCCAGAGUUACACACUUUGCAUGUUUAAAUCUUGAACUUGGUUGAAAGGGGUUGUGAACAAUAUAGUGAAGGUGUACCUUUCUUCUUUUCUGGUAAGUCAGGACUCUAUUGAGGAAGCAUUGCUAGCUAUUGCCUUCAAAUUCUAUGUUAUGUUAGCAGAACACAAAAGAGAGCAUGGAAUUUUGCAGAGGUAAGAAGAGGAAAGACAGUGUGUGUUUGCCAACACUGUGCAGUGCUGUAAGACAGAGAUACAGACCCAUGAUGAAAGUAUGUGAGAAGUCAAGGACCUGGCAACAGUACAGUGGAUCCCUCUGUGGUAUUCCCACCCCCUGCUCUCCAACACACACACACACACACACACACACUCUUUCACUCGCUUUGAAUAACACCUGUAAGAAAAGAUGAUCAAUCGGCCAUUUUACCCACUGACUAGUGAUAUGUACAUGUAGCAAUGAUCAGAGCUCAAUGCUGAAUUCCCACAACACUCUGGUAAUUCUGAAUGUUUUGCGGUGGGUGGUUGAACCGCAUAAGAAUUGGCUGGUGAACAGUGUUAUUAUGACCAUUGAUAAUUAUUAUGCUUGACCUGUCACCACCCGUAUAUCACUGCAUUGACUUGAUCCCACUCACCUGGAGCAGGUAAAUGUACCUGAACCAGUAGGCCAGAUGUCAUCUGCUUGUUUGCAAGCCACAGCAUGUUGGAGACACUGGGGGAGAGGGAGGGGGAUAUCUGGGGUCAGAUGAUUUCCUUGACCAUAAACUCAUCUGCGGUUCUGUAUGUUUCCAGGGUUGUUGUAGAAUCUUGUUCAAGUAGGGCUAUGCAACAAGAAGACACUUUGAAAAAAUACUUUAUCCAUUCUGUAGCUUUACCUGCUGGGCUAUCUAGAUCCAGGCUUCAGCAUGAUUGUGACCAAAUGUUUUCUAUAAAAAAAAACUGUAAAAUGAUGAAAAAAUAUAUUUUAAAAAAUGUAUAACGGCACAAUGACUUAAAAGGCGGAUCCUUAGAAUAUGUUUAAACAAUGAGUCAAACAGCAAGUUUAUAUAUUUGCAUGCAUCAGGUUUACCCAUUUUGUCGAAGGAAAACAGUUUUAAAAGAAACAAAAACAGUGCAGGUUAUUUUUGUAUGUGGCCUGACUGAUCAGUUACCAAGGGGUACUUGGCUAAAAGAAUGUGCAUACAAUAACAUCCUCAGAUUUAUUAUGACUGAUUUGAAGUAGAGCAUAUUCUUUACAUUCAGCAUUCAUUACAUAGUUUCCCUAUAAAAUGUCCUCAGAGCUGGUCCACUCUAAUGAAUUUGUUUUGUAUGCCUUUACACUCAUCCUAGUCUUUUUAAUGUCACAGUGCAUUCCUAUGUGGCGGAACAUACUGUACACAUCUGCAUUCUGCACCCACUCUCUAAGUUGACCUAAUCUGAAAUCUCACAAAUUCUCUCUGCACACUUCUUCCAGUUAAAUGUGGCGUUUCCUCUUUAAAAAAAAAAAAGUAAUGUUUGCAUGGUCUGAAAAAAAAAAUGUAUGUGCACGUUUACAUACACAUUGUUUAUCUUCGUACAUUUUGAUACAGUGUAUUAUUUUGUUUAUUUUUAAAUUACCUUUGAUAUAAAUUAUGGGGUUGAAAAAAUAAAAAUAAAAAAAACUUUAUAUCGAUAUGUAUUGAAAAAAAUGUGGUCAGUUCCUUCCAUGUAACAAAGUUGGAACAUACCUUAUUUGGGUUCUGCAACUGAUCGUUUGUUGCCUGAUUUAUGUUCAAUGGCCAGACUUUAAAUUCUGCUGUUGUUUCUACUUAAACAUUUUGUAUGAAGUCCUUGAAAUUGAAAAUAACUAAAACAAAAAAUAAACACACUAACGUUG